GAGGGAGGGAGGAAGGCCGGGAAGGAGGGAGAGGCCCCGCGGCUUCCUCCUCCGGGCCGGGCUGGCCCGCCCCGGGGGGUCGAUGCGAGCCCCCGGGCUGCUGGCUGAUGAGACCUCCGCGGGGCUGCCGGAGGCGCGGAGUCGUCGUGGGCACCGUCACCCUCUGCCUGGCCGCCGGGUGGGCUCUGCAGACCCCUGGAGGAGUAUCACUAACUGUCCCACAGCCCAACAUCAACGCAACGGUGGCACAAAAUAUCCUCCUCUCGGUUGAAUACUCUUGCAGAGGCAUCGCCACCGUUGAGUGGAAGCAUGUGUCGAGCUGGGGCACCACCAAAAUUGUGGAGUGGAAAAGUGGGAACUACGUUAACAUAUCCACUGUCUACAAGGACAGAGUGACUAUUUUUGAAAAUGGCUCUAUACAGCUUCUGAACGUGGGCAUGAGAGAUGCUGGCUACUAUUUUGUCACUGUCACGGAGGAGUAUGGAACCAACACCUACGGCGCCAUCAUAGUCAAUGUUUAUGAGAUUAUCUAUGAAGAUAUACAUUUUGUAGCGGUUCUCUUUGCAUUUCUCGCUGCAGUAUCUGCCAUUUUGAUCUGCUUCAUGUGGCUGUGUAAUAAAUCCCUGCAUCUAUUCCAGAAGACGACACAUAAGCUAUCAGCAAGUACAACUGAAGAGAUUGAAUUGGAAACCAUUGAAUGUUAGCCAAGGACUGUCUCAUAACAAAAAUAACAACUCUACCUCAGGAGAAAGUAUUGGCAAAGAAAGCAAGAAGAAACAUAAGGUAAAGUGUCUGUGACUACUGUAGAAGCUGUUUGGCUUGCAAAGCUAAUAGGACACGAAAUGAGCUGUGUCUGAUGGAGCUGUUUUGACCUGUUACAAUUUCAGCUCUGCUAGUCAUUGUCAAAGUAAAAGAGUACGCUUUAAUGGCUGAGCACAAACACAUUUUUGUGGCUAACUAAUAAAAUCCACAGCCUCUACUACUCUUAACAACCACCCAACUAGUAUCAGCCCAUAAAGGAAAUGAUCAUACUCUUGAAGGACGCCUGCAUUUUGGCCACGGCAAGUAUCCUGCUAUAGACCAACCGGCCAUUAGGAUCAUUCAACAUAAAUUAUUAUGUCUAAUUACAGUAUUACAUUAAAAAAAUUAACUGCAAGGAUUGAAUCCUGUUUAUUGUGCAUAUGCUGCUACUUUCAGUCAUAAGGAAUUUCCUGAAGGUCUGAACACAAACUGUAAUUCUUCUUGAGACAAAACUGACUUUGAAAUAAUGCCAAGCUGGUCAAAGUUCCACCACGUACAUUUCCAAUUGUUUACAUUGCUCGGGGCUAUUAACACACAUUUUAUUACGUUACUAGGAAAGGUUGUUAAGUGGGGAACUGCACACAGGCACUGAAGAUGACUAACGAUUAGAGUGGGCAGAUAAAAUACGUAUCACACCUGUGGCAUGAAGGAAAUACCAAACAGUUUCCUUGUGAAAGAUGUCGAGCCCUUUGCAAACUGAGCCCACUGAUGAACUGCCUAUCGAGCAAGAAAAAAUUAAACAGCCUUACAAUUACAAUUACAGUUCUGAAAUCACUCUAGUUAAGAAAAGACACCUUUGCUUUCCUACGUAGUACAAGACAAGUAAGCUAGCUAGUGCUUUCAUGAAACCACAUGCUGCACUUGAAUUCUCCACCUGCAGAUCUUUUGGGUGGAAUAAAAUUUGCAUUUGUGAGAGAGAAAGCACUAAACUGAUGAAUCUUCAAAUUAACCCAUUUUGCUUUUGUAAAGCAGUGUGAAAUAAACAUUGAAAUGUAAGAGACUGCAGGCUAAUCUCUGUCUACAGAUGCCAUGUGGCUUUUUGAGCUUAACUGCUGCUACUACUUCUCUCACGCUGCAGCUCACUCAUUCUCAUACAGUUUUUACAAGUCAUGCUGACAGCUUCCCCUCCCUCUGCUCAAGGACUACUGUGCUCAGGUGCAGAGAUUAGACCUGUAAAAACAACGACUUUCUUGCCAAGUGCAUAAUAAAGUAGAUAGGUGCUAGAAAAUUUUUUUCCAAAGCAUCCUGAACAUAGUACUUUUAAAGAGUCAGCCCCAGAUUGAGUGGGCCAUUUGUAGUACGAAGGGCCCGAUAUCCACUCAUAAAUUCACAUGCUAGAUUCAGCUGGCUGCUCUUUCCUUUGUCAAGGAGGAAAGAAACUAAAAAUAAAAUUAAAUUAAAAUCCCAGCUACAGCACAGCUUUGUAAAGGAACAAUUUGUUCCAAUUCUUCACAUUAAGUAUGUAUUUAUUACCGGUCUUCUGUAUGUUUGAAUGAAGCAAGCUUUGAUUUCACAGAAGCUUAGAAGCUUUAACUACCAAGCUUGUAGCACUCAGUAAGGUAUCCAUAUAGCAUAUGGAACAUACAUAAUUUUUUUUCAGUUUAUCUAUUUCAGAUUAUUAUUUUUCAGUCCCUAAAUCUUAGAACUUGAAGUUAUUCACUAUGCUGAGCAUAUAGCAGGUGCAUUGCCAGACUUGCUUAGAAAGUACAAUUAAGUGUAGCUUACAUGUAAAACCAUUAGUAGCUACUAACAUCUACUUGAAUAAUGUAAUUGUCAAAGUCAGCAAACAUAUGCAGGCAUAAACAACCUUUUGAAUUCAUUGCUCUAAUUGUGGAGAUUAUUUUCACUUUCAAAAUACAAUACUUGAAGCUGGGAUAAAAGUAGUAAAUGACUGUUUAAAAUCCUUACAAUUCAGACGCACUGUAACAGCAGUAUGAAGUUUCUGACUAGUGUGGUUCUACCUCUCAGCUUGGCUAAAGGUAAAGCAGUUUCAGGCUCCCAUCCUUGGUUAUUGAUGCUGCUGCCACCAAUCUCUUUUAUGUAGCGAUAGCCUAGAUGAAAAAGGAGGAUUCAAAGAACAUUCAGUGAUCCCAUACAGCAGUUAACUUGUGCACUGCUUUGCUCCUAGACAAUUCCUUGCAGGAAAAAAUUAUCCAAAAUGAAACAUGGUUACAGGUACUGUAACAAAAUAAUUCGCAUUCUAUGAAACUGGUAUUUGUCAAGAUGCAUUAUCCACGUCAAUAGUAUGUUAUAUACAAAAUGUGAGGCUGUUUGGAGCAGUCCCAUGCUACACAGGAGGUGCUGAAGGAUUUAGUUUUACUGCAAGCUUUUAAAAAAUGGAAGUUUAGAAAUUAAAGAGCAACUCUUAUUCCAUUCAUAAACUGCAUGCAAAAUCGCAGCAAAAGCUAAUACUUAGAACAUUCCAAGUGAUCAAAGGGAUUAAACCAUUUUUAAUUAAAGAGAUGUCCAAGUUCCUAAGAUUGCUUUGGCAAUCAAGUGUAAAGGUCUUAAUCAUUCGUUAAUGUCUCCAUCUCAUGCUUAAAGACAUACUACCAAAAAUUUCAAGACUGUUUCUAUUGUUAGAAGUCAUAUCAGUCUGUUUUUUCGUUGGCGUUGAAUACACAGGGAUUACUAAUUUUAAAAGACACUUUGAAGAUUUCAAAUCAUCUUGGGGGUUGGUUUUUAAUAACAGCUAAGCUUGAAAGUCUUUAAGUGAAGAUAUUCAGCUGAUGUGUAGUGCUUACACUCCUGGAAUAGGAGAAACGAUCACCUUGCUUGUGUUUAGUUUUUUCCCCUCCCAGAAGGAAACAUAUCCUGCAGCCAUAAGAACUUAAUCGUUCUACAGUGAUGAUUUGGUAAUGAAGUGCUUAUUUGACAAAAAGACUACUGCUACACACAGACUUGUCAGUUUGAGUUAAAUUUAUCUGUAUACUUCACUGUUUUUAAGUUUCAUACACUCAUCUUCUAAUUUUGAUUGAAAGAUGUGUUGCAUUACUAAAACAGCCUCAUUGCAACCAGAUGCGUGACAAAUGUAUCCAGCUGUGAACUGAAGGGAACAAAACCCCUCUCUGUCUGUAAUCCUACAGCUUCUGCUAGCCAAGCAAUAUAGCAACAGGCAGCUCAGGUGUUAAGACUUGCCCAUCUUAAGACAAAGAU